AUGGUUGUCUCUGUUGUCUUGGAGCAGCGCGAUAACGUCCAAAAACUUCUGGAGAACUCCGUCCCUGAGGACGAUAUCCUCAACCAGAAUGUCGCAAAUAUCGAGACCCUCGAAGACCGACGGGAGAUGAGCCCCGACAUCGAUGCCAUCUACUUCCUAACACCCGAGCCUCACAUUGUCGAUUCUGUCACCGCCGAUCUUGAGCGCGGGAGGUAUAGAUCAGGCUACUUGCUAUGGACGUCUCUUCUCGAUCCACCAUUGCGCCGCCGCCUCGAGAGCUCCCCAGCCUACCGGUCCAUGAUCAUGAGUGUGUGUGUCGCCAUGGGUGAGUUCCCCAAGGUUCGCUACUACAACCCUCUAAACCCUAGCCACGAGGCAAGCGUCCUCUCCAAAUACCUUGCCCGAUUCGUCAACGAGGAGCUCGAGAACUACGCUAGCUUCAACCGCAACUUUCCGCCUCCCUCGAACCGGCCCCCGAGCGUCCUAGUCAUAACAGAUCGCUCUAUGGAUCUCAUGGCUCCUCUCGUCCACGAGUUCACUUACCAGGCCAUGGCUCACGACCUCCUUCCUAUUGACGAGCGGGAAAAGGACAACGACAAGGUUUGGGUCGACAACCGCCACCGCCACAUGAAGGACACCAUCGACAAGCUUAUGGGCGACUUCCAAAAGUUCCUGGACAAGAAUCCCCAUUUUGCCAAGGAGGGUGCCGAAUCCACUAACCUGAACGUCAUCCGCGACAUGCUUGCUGGCCUGCCGCAAUUCCAAGAGAUGAAGGAAAUUUACUCUCUUCACCUGAGCAUGGCCCAGGAGUGCAUGAACAAAUUUCAGAAUAAUCGCCUGCCGGACAUCGCCUCCGUCGAGCAGACAUGUGCCACCGGACUCGAUGAGGACUACCGCCGUCCCAAGGGCGUGCUGGAGGAAGUUGUCCGUCUCCUGGACGAUGACGCCAUCUCACCCUCAGACCGACUCCGCCUGAUCAUCAUCUAUGUGCUUUACCGCGACGGUGUCAUUCUGGAGGAUGUCAAGCGACUCCUUGCCCACGCCUCCUUGCCCGCUCGUGACGGCGACAUUCUCACCAACCUCGAGCUCCUCGGGGCUCGGCCUUUGCGCGGCCUCAAAGAGGCCCGUACGCCGCCCGCACCCCUCUUCCCCAUAGACCCCAAAACUGCUGCGGCUGCUGCCGGGGAGGAGUAUGCUCUCUCCCGCUUCGAACCUGUUAUCAAGCCGAUGCUAGAAGAGCUGUGCCGCGGUACCCUCGAUCAAGGCACCUUUCCUUAUGUUAACGCCCCCAACGACCCAGCCGAAGACCUCGCCGCCGCCCAAGGAGGCUCACUCCGUGCUGGCAGGCCUAAUUGGGCCGCCGCCGGCCGCAAAGCCCCCGAGAACCGCCAGCGCAUCUUUGUCUUCAUGGCUGGCGGUGCCACCUAUAGUGAGAGUCGCAUGUGCUACGACGUCUCGGCCCGUCUUGGCCGUGAUGUUUUCCUUAUCUCCAGCCACAUGCUCACUCCGGCACUUUUCCUCCGCCAACUCAAUGAUUUGUCUGCCGACAAGCGCCGCCUAGAUCUGCCCAUGGAACGACCCAAGCCGCGUGUCCCGGCCCAUCUCCUUGAGCGAGAGUCUCGACCCCCGCCUGUCGCCGCCCCUCCCCAGCCCAUGAGCCAACCCUCUGGCUUCAAGCCUAACCCGCCACCUCCCUCCCAGCCAUCCUACUCCCAAAAGCAGCCCAUUGGUCUGCCAUCUCAACAGCGCAUCCCCGGCGGCCUUCCUAGUAGGCCAGGCGGCGGCGGCGGUGGAAGCGGUGGUGCACCUCCCACCGCGGCUAUGGGCUCUAUGACUCUAAGUUCAGGCGGCAGGACCUCUGCGUCUUCCCUACCGGUUCAAUCAAUGUCCCUUAGUGGCGGCGGAGGCAGCGGUGACAUUGGCCGGGAUGACGCCAAGAAACAUAAUAAAUUAGAGAAGAAGCGGAGGAACUUUUGGGCAUGA